AACGAUCAUUAUGCCAGGCUAGUAAAUGGAAGCACAGAUAUCCAGCGUUAGUUUCGACAACACUGCUUCCUUUAAAGUUGCAGUGAAAAAGACUAAGCAUAUGUUUUUAUUAGAUUGAUUACACUAGCUAUUCUCUCGAAACAUAGCAUGCUGAGGACAUCUGCUGGUUAAAGCCGUGUAAAUGCAACAAGAACAGCACAAACAUGUUGAACACACUUUGAAGACGCAGUGUGUGAGCUUAGAAUAAACAGACCUAACACCUGUAGGCUAAAGUUGACUCCUUUUUUAGCUGCCACAACAUUUUGAAAAGCAUGUGUGUACCUGAGUUAUCUGGUGACAUCAUAAAGAGUUAAAGUGAAACUAUUUUAUAUACGGAAGAGAAGAAAAAACAACGAGCACUGCAAGUGCAGAAGAACGUGUAGUGAAAGCAUCUUUGAGCAGCUAAACUGUGAUCAUGGCAUCACUUCAGGGCUCCUCUGUACAGUCAGAUCUCAGAAUUGUGAUCAUAGGAAAUGCUGGAGAUGAAAAGAAUAAAGUGGUAAAAUCAGUGCUGAACUGUGAAAAUCCGACAGGAGAGAAAGUUGGGCUCUGUACGUUACAUCAGUGUGAACAUGAAGGAAGGAGGAUCAGAGUUGUUGAAGCACCAGGAUGGGACAGAACCUUACAACAAACAGCCGAGAACAUAAAAGAAGAAGUUGAAAGAAGCGUGUCACUUUGUCCUCCAGGACCUCACGCACUUCUUCUGGUCAUUCCUGUGAAAUCUCUCUCUGAAGAACCUUCUUUAAGUGACAUUACAGCAGCUCAGAUGCACAAGGAGUUGCUGUCGGAGCGCGUCUGGAAACACACUAUCCUGCUGUUUGCUUGUGAUGAAGGUGCGGAGGAACCACAAAUCAAAGAGUACAUUCACAAAUCAGAGAAAAUCCUGGAAAAGUGUAGAAGACGAUCCCACGUUCUUCAGAAGAGCGCUCAGAUCCAUGAACUUUUAAAGAAGAUAGACAACCUGGUGGAGGAGAAUCAUGGUGAUUUCUUCAUUCCACAAGCUUACUAUGAACUGAUUCAACACAAGACACAAGAAGCGUCUGCUGAGAGUGAGAUCAGACACAGACGUGAAAGUUUGGACAGUCCUCCUUCCUUGAAGAAAGAUAAAGGAGAUUCUGUGGAGAAGAAAGAAACCAUAGAGGCUGACAAACAUACACCUUUAGAAGACACUCCGAAAAUCAACAUGGACUUCAAACAGUUUGUAGUGAUAUUGAUGGCUGUAUUUGGAGCACUAAUUGGUGCAGUUGCUGGAGCUGAGAAUGGAGUUUCAGGAUCUUGCAGUGGAUUAGUCUUUGGUGUCAUUGUAGGGAUUUUACUUGCAAGUAUCUCCAUGUACAUUUACACUCACAUUUAUUCACGCUCUUAUCCAAAGAAACCUACACAGCGUACAUCAUAAGCACUUGAAUCAUAAGGAGCUGCAUCUUUGAUUGAACAGAUAUAAAACUGCAAACAGUCCAGAAAAGCAUUUUCUUAUGUAAUUAAGUAAAAAUAUAUUUGAGAAUAUGCAAUGUGUAUAUAUAUUUGCUUGAAAACUGUAAGGGACAAUUUGUAUAAGGUUUACACUGGACAUAUUGUACUGUAGAUUUAAACUGAAAAACGGGAAAAAAGUCACACCAGUUUAGAAGUGAGCGCCACUUGUUUUGUUUUUUGUUAGAUAGAACAGGUAAGUUAGGUCGUAAAACACGCUGAAGACUUAUUUUUCUUUUCAUUAGUUAGGUUAGACGUUGAACUUGAGUUAGAUUGGUUUUUGUUUUGUUCUUUUUUUUGGUGCCAUUUGUGUUUUUGUUUUCUUCUAUUGCUUGUGUAAAUAUUGUACAUAUUUUUCCUUUUGCUAUUUUGAUACCUUUUCAUUAUUUCUACUAUUAUUGUUAUAUCAUGCCUUUUUCCUUAAUUGUAAAAUAAAAUGUUUAUUGG